AUGGCCAUGUAUGAUUUAACUGUCGAAGAAGAAAGUUCUAAUUCUACUAGGUUAACUCAAUGCUAUGAAUAUAUUAAAAAAGUUAUAAACUCUAACAUGGAACCAAUCUACUCCAGACCUACUCCAUCUAAGACUGAUUUUAUAAAAAUUGGUACACCUUAUUUGCUAACAAAUUACAAACGAUCACUUAAAGACGGAGAAUAUAAAAAUUUAUAUGAACAAGCUAAAAACAAUGAUAAUUUAAAGUCAUUAAAGAAGUAUUUAUCGUAUGAUGACACUGAUACAGCAGUAAAUCAAAAAUAUGGCAUCUUGCGUAAAGAUGGCGGGGCCAUGUUGGAAAAUAAAAUUGUCAACUACUCUAAGUACAUUGAAUUGAUUGAUAAAAUUAAAUAUCCAGACUUGUACGCUGCUGUUUAUGAAAUACUUGAUAUUCCUGGAAAUUUAUACAAUUCAGCAAAGGUAAUUUUAAAUAAGGUAUUGCACAAAGAUGUAUUGUACUUUCCUUUUGGAUUGUUUAGCUUAAAAUGUGAAAUGUUGAAGAAGAAAUAUUACUGGAAUCUUGGAAGUCCAAAAGGUAUCACAAUAAUGCCUUCUAUUGGCGUUGGGAUUUACAAAACUGAUAAAUUUAUAUUUUCUGUGCGGGUUCAAAAGGAAAAUAUUCCUAUUUGGAUUUUAUUACAUUUAAAAUUAAAUCUAAUUGUAAACCUUUAA